GAGUGAAGUGAGGGACGAACAUGAAAGACUGAAAAAUUAAUAUCCUUGGACGGCUGGCGGAAUAGUUUACAGAACACUUGUGUGAACUGCGUCGCCUCUGCUUUUGUUCUGUUAUUUAGUUUAUUGUUUCAACCGAUUUUGAACGCAGAGAAAACGGCCCUCCGCCUCCAACUGCCAGCCCCAGACUGCUCCCUCUUCCUCCAGCGCCUGGGCCAUACGAGUAACCUCACUCCCAGAGUCCAUUCAGGAUCCACUGGCCUGCAGUAAAAACUCUGGAUGAAUGGCUCAAUGAGUUUAUAAGGCAAUGGGCUUUUGGCUAAAGCCUCAGCUGUGAAGCGAGGAACUCUGACCAAACCAGGAUACCUUCAUGUAGGCAGAUCCCUGCCUGGUGGAACAUCAAACCAUUUCCCAUUUCCCAGAAAUGGACCCAGGUAUUAACUGUUAAGCAGCCUGAUUCACCGUAUUAACGGCUCCCCUCAGAGUUCAAACAAAGUGCUUCCAUUCUCUGAUGUACAUUAGCUCACUCAGCAUUGGCUGGGGAAAUAUUAUAAAGUGAGAUCUUCAUUAUCCAGACCUCUGCUGGAUGGCUUUAACUCAUGCAGGUCAUUGAUGGAGCAUAAACAGCCUUUUAAGAGCCUUGUGUUUUCCCUAAAUUAAAUUAGAUUAAAAACACAUGAACACAAGCUUGGAUCAAGGUACCUGCAAAAUAAAAUCCACUAACAGAUAUAUUGACUAAAGACAUCUGUUGAGCUUUACUGCAGCACAGAAAGGCACCCUAAAGACCAGGCAAGGGUUAAGAGAUCUCCAAACCCCUGUAUGGACUACUGACUUUCUGAUCUGUUGAUCUUAAUAUUAAUUAUCUGUUUGUCCUGUGAAAACCUCGAUUACCCCAGACACACACUUCCACUGGACACAAAUUGCUCUUUGUAAAAGAAUAUAAGAUUAAUUAACUAUAAGAGGAAAAUCAUACACCUGCAGAGGUUGAAAUUUACAUUCUUAUUUCCUUCGUAUUUUGGAAGUUUUCCGUUGUGUUUGCCUCUGAAUACUUUCAAUGUGGUAAAUGCACCCACACCAAUGAACAUACAUCACUGUGCUUCAGACCUAAAAAGUACACUGAUGUCCUGUAAAUGAAACACGGUGAAAUAUGUACUGUGUGAAAUGUUGUUUCAAUGCAUUUGUGACUCUUGAGGACGACUCUGCUGUGCCAGACGUGGUGCCCAUGACGGAAUUGGCGGUGCAGGGGUGUAGAAAGGCAUUGCCGUUCUCAUCGAAAGCGGCGGAAGACGUCCAGCCAUGGGGGCGGCACGUGUGAAGAGACGCUUCAGCGUGGCGGUGGAGAGCCCUCUGGACGAGGAGGAGGUGCUGCACCUGACCCAGAGCGCUGCCGAGAUGGCUGGGAUCGGGGGGGGUGCGGGCAGCGCUGGGACCUCUGCCGACGCCAGCCCCACCCGAAACGGCACCGUGGGUAGGAGUGGCGUGAAUAGUGUUGGGGGAGGUGUUUGCUUGGCAGUUGGGGGGGUGGGGUCCACAGGGGGUAUCCCCCCCUCCCCAGACCAAGGCUUUGCCCCAGCUUACCCCUUCCCCCGCGGCGGCCGGCGGCGACCCCGAAGCCGUUUCGUGGGUAAGGACGGGCGAUGCCGCGUCGCCUUCAUCAACAUGAGUGAGAGGGGCCAGCGCUACCUCAGCGACCUCUUCACCACCUGUGUGGACGUCCGCUGGCGCUGGAUGCUGCUGCUCUUCACUCUCUCCUUCCUGCUGUCCUGGCUGCUCUUCGGUUUCAGUUUCUGGCUCAUCGCCUUCGCCCACGGCGACCUGACGCCUCCGGCCAAGGAGCAGCCGCAGGAGGAGCCCUGCUUCCAGCAGGUGAAUGGCUUCGUGGCAGCCUUCCUCUUCUCCCUGGAGACUCAGACCUCCAUUGGCUAUGGCUCCCGCAGUGUGACGGAGGCCUGCCCUCUGGCGGUGCUGGCGGUCGUGUUGCAGUGCAUUGUGGGCUGCAUCAUUGACGCCUUCAUCAUCGGGGCGGUUAUGGCCAAGAUCGCCAAGCCCAAGAAGCGCAACGAAACGCUGGUGUUCUCGGAGAAGGCGGUGGUGGCCCUGCGUGACGGGAAGCUCUGCAUGAUGUGGCGGGUGGGAAACCUGAGGAAGAGCCACCUUGUGGAGGCCCACGUCCGUGCCCAGCUACUCAAGCCCAGAGUGACCCCGGAGGGGGAGUACCUGCCACUGGAUCACGUGGACAUCAACGUGGGCUUUGACACGGGCACGGACCGGAUCUUCCUGGUGUCGCCUAUCACCAUUGUGCACGAGAUCAACGAGGAGAGCCCCUUUUUCGAGAUGGACAAGCGGACGCUGGAGAGCGACAGCGAACUGGAGGUGCUGGUCAUCCUGGAAGGCAUGGUGGAGGCAACCGCCAUGACCACCCAGUGCCGAAGCUCCUACCUGGCCUCCGAGAUCCUGUGGGGUCACCGCUUCGAACCCGUGCUAUUUGAGAGGAAGAACUGCUAUGAGGUGGAUUACUCCCAUUUCCAUUGUACAUAUGAGAUUCCCAGCACCCCCAUCUGCAGUGCCAAGGAUCUGGCAGAGAUGAAGUUCAUCCAGGGCUCCCGCGCCUCCUUCUGUUACGAGAACGAAGUUGCGCUGCAGCUCUCGUCACCGGGUGUCCAGUCUCCCUCACCGGCAUCGCAGGGAGAAUCCCUCAUGCAUGCCCAUGCACACUGAAGGGCAGGGGAGGGGGACUCUAUGUGGGGUGGCCUGGAAUGUGGAGAUACGGCCUAUAAGAGAGGAUAAGUGCUGAGCGAGGUAAGGUGAGGAAGGAAGAUGGAAUCAGAGGGUGAGCAGACGAGCCAGUGAGCUCAUGGUGCGGAAUCAGAGGCAGAGCGUGAGAUAGACAGGCAAGGGUGAAGGUUUGCUUUCAGCAUUAGCAGGGAACAAAUCAGUCUUGAAUCCCCCCACUUCUCUAAUCAUACACGGUACUCCCGCACAUGUAGUAAGGACAUGUCCUUACUGUCUGUACCCACAUCUACACCACUGCAGACAGAGCAGUAUUAAAAAACAAAGGUCAAUCAGCAGAGAAUGAAUGGAGAAGGUAAACAAAUUGUGGAAUCUUAGAGGUGACGGAGGUAAGGAGCAUGGCACUGAUUACAGUUUGUCACUGCACCCAACAAACCACCUCAGGGAUGAGAAUCUGAGUGCAGCCAUGUGGCAGGCGAUACCUCAGCACCACAUGAGUCCGAAUGGACCAGUGUGAGGUUUUUUUCUGGUGGCUGGAGUGUAAAUCCUGC